UAGCAGCUCAUCGCAAAAUAAGUACUGUAUUCAAGCUAACCCCGGUGACACGUAGUUCAAUCGAAAUGAUGCAUUUGUGUGUACUUCUGCCAAUAGUAACCGUUCAGGUAUGAAUAGAAAACGAGCUCUGAUUUCCGACAUUUUCAAGGUGAAAAAAAGCCGAACUGCUACCGAGAAGUUUGGUAUCAAGAGUGACGAACAAGGUCCACCUGAUGUUCGAGCGAGCCUCGAGUACCUCAUGACACUGUUCCCCAGAAAGCUUUUCAAUGACACUUUGCCUCAAAUUGUACUCAAGCACCAACUGUACAGCAUUCACCAUGACAAGACUCUGGUGGACAAAGAAGUGAAUAAGCUGUGCGAGAAUGGGGAGCUGCUCAUGUUCCAGCUCGGCUUCGACGCCGAGGCAUUUGGCCUGGUUUUCACGUCCGACUACAAGGCCAAAGUGUUGGCCGGAGAAGAGGGCAAAGCGACUCGAGGGACGGUGGACAAAUUCUUGGAGAAAGUUUUGUCGCCUUGCACAGAUCUGAGCUUCAACAAAUACCAGAUGAUCAGGGAUUUCCUCUUCACGGAUGCUGAAAUCACGCAACUGGUGAAAGCUGGGGUGCUGACUGUGAGGGACGCCGGCAGCUGGUGGCUCUCCAUUCCCAACUCUGGCAGAUUCACCAAAUACUUCAUACAAGGUCGGAAAGGCGUGCUGGGCAUGGUGAAGAAGUCUAGGUACGGAGAAGCUUUACAGGCCGAACUUGAGGGGCGGCGGACCACCUCGCAAGUGAAAUUCCACAUCAAGUACCACAUCCAUGAUCUCGUCGGCGCCGAGCUGGUAGACAGCAUACCAACUACUUCGGGAACGUUGUUACGAUUUGUUGACUCCUGAAGUAGUGACGAGGAGACUAAAAAGCCGCUCAUCUUGGUUCUGUAUCGUUUUGUGAUGUUUGCAAAACUUUUUAAAACCCUGUGGGUUCAUGAAAUAUACUUACUGUUCUAGACCUUGUCAGGUUUUUGAUUUAUGUAAUAAAAGUCAUGAGCAUGAUUUGUAGCUGGUGGUUUUUGGCACAGCAACUAGCUGCUCAGCUUCAGUCAAGUCCUUAAAGCGGAACAGAUUUGUAAGUAAUGAGAAUAUGCAUCACUGAGUCAAAAAAGUAAUGAAAUUGCUCACAGGUAAGUAGUAAUUGUUUUGCAGUUUGCAAAGCGCCAACAUACUGUACACAGUGGCACGCUCGCACUUUCUGAGCAUUUUUAUUUCAUUUGUAAGACAAUUCUUUUUUUAUUAAGAUGAGUUUGAAAUGAUAGUUCUUGGAUCUUAUUUUGGGAUAAAAAUUAUGCUUUAUAUUAAUACUGGCAAUGAAUGAAAAAUAUGUGGGCAUACAUUACAAAUGUUUGCUAUUGCCACAAGUGUGUGUCUGUUGAUGAAAAUGAUGGAUCACACAUCCCGGGUUCAAUUUUAUUGAAAUUUAUUGGCUUUUUCAAAAACAAAAAAAAAGUGACGAUAGCUUUGUAUUCAUAGAAGGAGUCACAAUGACAUUGGCUUGAAUUAAAGCACAGCUUGAUGUCUGAAUAGAAAAAAAACAACAGAUGAGCAAUGUGUUCUUUAACUCAUUGUACUAGUAGUUUAAAUACAUUUUUAAAGAGGCAAACAAAACAAAUGCAGCGAUCCUAAUUUGAAUGUUUUUUUUUCAGUAUACGUCGCACAUACAUGCCAUCGGCGUCAUUACACUAAGACAGGCUUGAUCGGGAGGUUAUUAAAGUAGCGUUAGCGGUAAAAGAGAAACAAAUAAUAAAAGCAUAUUCAUAGUGUUAGUCCAACAAUACAGUGAGUGGAGUGUAAGAUACAAAAAAAAAAAAAAAAAAUCACGAUAACAAAGGAGUACACCAUCUACUACGCCAGAACCGACAGUAGCUUUGACAGGCACAGAUGCUCGUCAUCUUAAGUGACUUCACUUCGCCAGUAGUGAUGCGAUUUCAAAAUAAACAAAGGAGUAAAAAAAAAAAAGUUGCUGAUAAAUGCCCAAGGAGCAUCAAUGGUGCUCUUGUUCCCCGCCACCAACUGUUCCAAAAAUCUACAAAGACAUGUCUGGGGAGAGGGGGAAGAAAAUGCUUUGCCCGGAUGGUUUUAGGAGGGUUUGAGGGUUAAAAGCACUGUCGGUGUUAAAAAACAAAACAAAAA